GUUGCAGCUGCCAGCCAUUGAGAUCCCAUGCUGCUCCAUUUGCCUGGCAGAGUAUGCGCCCGGUAUCCGGAAACCCUACGACUUGGGCUGCGGGCACUGCGUGUGCGGCCGCUGCUUCGCGUCUCUCAGCAUGACGGGCCCCAAGACGUGCCCGGUGGAUCGCAAGGAGUGGGUGCACCCGCAUGUGGCCUACGAGCUGUUGCACCUGGUGGAGCAGCUCCAUACGCAGCAGCAGAAACAGCAGCAGCAGCAGCAGCAGCAGCAGCACGAGGACGCGGGUGCGGCCGGGUGCGGCGGGGCGGCAGUAGAAGCGGUCAUCCCGGCAGCGUUCCUGCUUGGGCAGCAAGACGGCCCCGGCGGCUCUGGUUCCCGGCGGCGCCGCUGGCGGCCGCCAGACCCCUUCCGCCCGCUGGCGGACACGUCUCUGCUGCUGAGCGACCUGUGGCGUGCGGCGCUGUGGCCGCCCGCCUCCGACGCCGAGCUGCUGGCGGGCGGCGGCGGCGACGCCAUGGGGCUGCGCGAGCUGGCGGGACACCUGGCAGCGGCGGCGCCCGACUGGGCGCACACGGCGUGGCGGGUGGUGGCGCCGGGCGCGGCGGUCAUGGCCGCGUUGCUGGGCUGGAGGUACAUCGCCGCAGUGGCCAUGCUGGUGCUACCGCUGACGCUGGCAGCGGCGGCGGGGCUGGAGAUGCGGAACAAGAGCUGGCCCAUGAUGACCGCCUGCGCUGCUGCCGGCGUCCUGGGUUCGCUUGCGCCGGUGGCUCCGCUACUGGGUGCGGGCCUGCUGCAGCAGCUGCUGGGCGUGGGGCUGCUGGCGUUCCUGGUGGGCGCCAUGAUGCACUCACGGCACUGUGACUGCCUGCUGUCCAGAAUCAUGCGGCGGCGGCUGGUGCAGGCGGCGGUGACGUGUGCCGCCGGGGCGCUGUUUGUGUCGGGCUUGCGCCGCUCGUUGCGGCUACGGCUGGCGGCACGGCUGGGGCUGGCCCACAUCGCGCUGGGGCUGUUCCAGGCGCUCCGGGUGGUGCACUGGUGGGGCGUGCGUUGGGAGAUUCUGCCGGAGUGGCCGCUGGGGCCAAUCGGGGUGGAGCCGCCGUCGUUCCGGCCGCUGUGGGCCGUGGCAACGGGCUCGGCCGACGGCAGCGGCGUGGGGCAUGUGGGUAUGGGUGCGGGCGGCGUGGACGAAAUAAUUGCGGCGGUCGUGGCGGAGGCGGAGGCGGCGGAGCGGCCGCCGCCCGGGCACCUGUCCAUGCUGCUGCUGGCGGCGCGGUGCCUUCUCACGCCCAUCCUUUUCAUGUGGACCUCGGUCUUAGUGGAGGGUUACCGGGGCUCUCUAACGGAGGGCGGCGCGGCCAGCCUGUCAGCCGGCCUCACCCGCAGCACGCUCGCUACGGGCAGCAGCCAGUCGUACUACGGAAUUGGGGCGCCCUUCGCGUCCCCGUGCCGUUUUGACCUGGACUGGGUGGUGCUCCGCGGCGUGGUGUGGGUGGGCGUCAUGUGCGCUACCGGCAGCUGGAGGAUCGCAUCCGGUGCGAACGUGGCGCUUCACGGCGCCUUCUCGCUGCUGCGCCUGUUGGCCGCCAACAGCCGCCUGAAGCAGCUCUUCCGGAACGAGAGCUCCGCCGCCGCCACCGCGGCCAUACUGGCGGCGGCGGCGCGGGAGCAGGCGGCGGCGCUGACCGCCGCGAGCAUGGCCGAAGCCGCCCGGCGGCGACAGCAGGCGCAGGCAUCACAGGCGCUGCAGGCGCAGCGGCAGCGGCCGUCCGGUCAGCGGUCAGGGGCAGCAGCGGCCGCUGUUAAUGCUGGCAGCGGCAGCUCCGCUGGCCACCGUCCCCGUGGCAGCAGGCGGACAGCGGCUCAAAUGAUUGCGGGUGUGGCGCCGGCUGCUAACGCCUCCCCAGUCCCCACACCUGCUCCCCUGGCGGCGCCCGCGCCUCCGAUUGCGCCUACGCCCGCGAUACCACCACCACCCGCACCCAUAUAUAGUCACGUGCCGCGUCCCAGACCGGCCCCGCCUAAUAAGAUGCUCGAUCGGCUGCGGGAGAAGUACGAGGUGGCGCGGCAGCCGGUGCCGCCGCACCGAGCGGGCUUUGCAAAUCCGGGCAGAGGGCGAGGCGGCGGCAGGGGCAGCGCGCAGCUGGCGGCCGGCGGCGGGGCUCUGGGCGCAGCUAGCGAUGCGGGCAUGCAGGCAAGCGCGGGCGUGGAGCGCGAGGAGGAGGGGCGGCGGCUGGUGAGGCAGGUGGUGCAGCGCGUAGUGGCUCGGGUGACCGGGGCCACAGGGCCGUCUGCAGCGCUCGGCAGCCCCCGCGCUGCCGCGGCCAUAUCACUGCCGGCGGCAGCGCCAUCCGCCGCACUAGUUGGGGCAGCAGCCGCAGCAGCAGCAACAGCAGCGGCAGCAGGAGUGCUGGCGCCUGGCGGGCAGGCAAUGCCAGCUACGCCUGCUGCAGCGCCGCAGUCCUGGGUGGAGGCGCGGCCCGUAGAAGCUCAGCCGCAACCACAGCCGCAGCCGCAGGACCGGAACCAGUCGCACCAGCCGCAGGCCGCAGGGCCGCAGGCCCCGCUACCAGCGCAGGCGUGGUACGACGGCGCACUCACUCCCUCGGAGGCUGAGGACUACAUGAGGCGCCAGGUUGCGUUCCUGGUCAAGGAGAUAUUCUUUCGGGUCAACCUGCGGGCUGGGCCGCAGGAGGUGCAGAUGACGGGCGAUCUGGCGAGGGGCGCGUGCAGGACGGACUCGACGGAGGACAGGAUACGCAACUCCUGCUCGCGGAGCCGCGACCUGCAGCUCCACGUGCUGCCGCGUAAGUCGCGUGAUGAGCGCCCUGAAGAAGAGGGCGAGUCCGCGCGUGCGCAGCCGGUAGCGGCGACGGCGGCGGCAGCGGCGGCGGCUGAUUCUUUAGUGCCCGAUGCGGCUGCAGCGGUGGGCGCAAGCGCACCGGCGGAACCCAGCGCAGCAGACCGCGCGACGGCGGCAACGGCGGCGGCAGCUGCCGCCGCAGGUUCGGCGGCAGGCGGUGGCGUGGCAGCGGACCUGGGUAUGGCAUCGGGUGCGGGUGCAGCUGCAGGUGCCAGCGCGAGCCCGAGCGCGGCGGCGGCGAGCGCGGCUGCAGCGGGUGGCCCGGUGGUGGGGGACGGGCCCCAACUGCAGCCGCCUGGUCCGCAGGCAGCGCAGUGCAUUGUGCAGGGCGCAAGGAGAGAGGCGGAGGCAGCGGCCGCUGCAGCGCAGGACCGCCCUAGCGGUACCCACACACUGCCGCCGGAGCCGGAGCUGGCUGCCUCCCGCGCGGAUGGGGCGGAGGUAAAUGCUGCAGCGGAAGGGGAGGAGCUCCAGAGGUGUACCCUAGACUCUGUCCGUCAGGCGAGGCAGCGACCAGAGGCCGCCACGGACGCCGCUUCGAGCCAGCGGCCGCCGCUGGCGGCGGCUGAGCUGGUGGCAUCUCCUGCUGGCCCUGCCCCGCCUGCGGCUGCGGCUGCCUCUGCUGCGGCGUCUGCUGUGGCUGCGCCAGGCGCGGACGACCCCCGCUGGGCCGACCUUUGGCUGCAGCAGCAACAGCAGCGGCGCCAACAACAGCAACAGCAACAACAGCAGCAGCGAACACAGCAGCAGCUCCUGCCUGGGGAAGCCGGCGCCAGUCCUGCUGCUGCGGGCGCUUCCGGUACGCAGCCCACGGUUGCUGCGGCAAGGCAUGUGCCCAGCGCAGCUGCAGGGGCCGCCUCAGCAGGAGGCGCGGCCGGCGGCGCCACACCCGCCGCGCCCGCCGCCUCCACUCCCGGGCUCGGCUUGAACCUGUCGGGCGGUCCAGUCUUCCAAGCCGGCGUCUUCCAAGCCGGCGUAGGCAGCGGCAGCGGCGGCGGCAGCGCUGCUCCGGGCACUUCAGCGGCAGGCGCAGGCGGGGCUGCCGCGCCCGCGCCCUCGCCGCGCCCCCGCCCCUCCACUCGCCACGCCGGCGGCGGCAGCGGUAACACCACCACGGGUUCCACUGCCAGCACGACGGGCAGGCGCAGCGCCGGCACCACCAGCGCCAAUGCCAGCUCCAACGCCGGUAGUGGAGCUGCUGGACGGGGCAGCGGCGGCGCAGCUGGCACGAGUGCCACCGCCGCCGGCACGAGUGGCAGCGGCGCCGCCAGCACCACCAGUGGCCUGGCGCGUGUGUCCCUCAUGGCCUCCAGCGGGCCGCCACGGGGCGGCGCCUUCGAUGACGUGCUUCUGGCCUUCAGUGCUCUGGUGGUGGUGCAGUGGCUGGCGCUCAUGCCGCCAUGGGCGCAGCUGCUGCGCCUGGCGCUGUGGCCGCUGCAGGGCUGGAUGGGCCCCGCUGGCCCCAUGGAGCGGGCCCUGCUGUGGGGCUCGGCAGUGGUUCUGUUCGGCAUAUCUGUGCUGGUGGCGCGUGUGCCCACGCCGCGGCUGCAGGGGCUGCUGCGGCCCUGCAGCGGCGGCAGCAGCGGCAGCGGCUCUGUUGACGUGUUGGCGCUGAUGCGGUACAACGCCGGCAUGUACGCUGUGCCGCUGGUGCUGCGGCUGCUGCGGCAGGUGUGGGCGCCGCUGCCAUGGCUGUACCUGGCCGGCCUCACAAACCUGGAGCUGCUGCUGAGGGCCGUCGUGCUGGGACUGCAGUCGGUGGGCUUCAUGCGGCACCUGCCGCUGUCAGGGCCGCCGCCGCUGCCGCUCGCGGGCGCGCUGCUGUUCCGCUGCGACCCGCCCGCGUGGACGCGCGCUCGCGCCGUGAGCUACAGCAGGCUCGUGUCAAUAGAGUACGGCUUGGUGCGGCCGGAGGUGCGCGCUUCGCGCCGCGCCGCCGUGGCUGCCGGGGCCAUCAUCUUGGGCCUGGAUGACGCAAUUUCGGAGUGGCUGGGCAUGUGCGUGGAGGGUGCCGCGGCACUCAUGACGGCUAUGUAUACGAUCCGCAGCCGCGCCGCCACUGCCGCCAGCAGUGGAGCAGGCGAUGGAGCAGGCGGCGUAGCUGCCGCAGCUGCUGUUGCCGGCGCCGUGAGUGCCACUGUGGGCAGCGCCGGCGCUAGCCGCCGCACCAGCGGCACCGGCGGCGUUAGGGUCAUCAGCACCACCGGCGGCAGCGUGCGGCUGGGGAGGGCGGCGCCCGGCGGCGCCGCGGGCCCCGGCGGCGCCACGGUGGGCGUCGUGGGCAGCGGUGUGGCGGGGCUGUCUGCGGCCGAGACAGAGGCCGUCGUGGGCGCCAUGCUGGAGCAGAUACGCAGCCGCCAGUCCGGCGGAGGUGGCGGUGGAGGUGCAGGUGGCACCCUGGGCGCUUCAAGUAGCGGUGCCGGCGCUGGUGGCGGGGCUGCGAAUGGCGGCGCUGGCGCGGGCGGGAAUGCUGCCGGCGGAGGCACGCUGCUGCGUCACGUGUUCCCGCGUAACGCGCUGGACUCGGACGCCAGCGAGCGCGGCGCUAGGCCCGCAGAGGGCGGUGAGGGCGACUCUGACGACGACGGCGACGCGUUGAAGUUCUACUCUGACCCUGACGACGACGACGACGACGAGGAUGGGUCGGUGUGGGAGGAAGAUGAGGAUGAGGACGAGGAUGAGGAUGGAGAGGAGGGGCGACGCGGGGCGCGGGGCGAGGGCGUGACGCUGGUGGCUCCCUGGUCCGCCUACCCGUCGCAGGCAGCGGGCCUGACUCGCCGGCGCGUGCGCGUGCGGCGCAGCGAGCGUACCAGCGGUUAAGCCGGUGGUGGUCAACAAAUGCGCUGUGCGGAUUGUUUGGCGGAACCAGAUACGUUCAGCACUUCGGCAAGAGCGUGCGUAGCCUGAGUAGCAGUGGGCUCCUGACGUGCAUGGCACAAGCGCAUGAGGCCAUGUGGAGGAUCUUACCACGGCUGAGCGACCGGUGUUGUGAGCGGGCAAAUUUGAGUUGAACCCCUGCGACGUUUGGACGACAUGGCGGCAGGCGGUUCAGAGACCGGACAACAUGUUUCACAGCUCCCCGUGUUGACACGUUGUAAGUGAGACGGAUG